AGCGCGUAUUAGUGAGUCAUCCUGACAUUAUAAAAGCAAGCGUCGCGUCCUUUCCAGCUCAGUAGCUUGUGUGUUUGAACGAGAGUAGUACGUUUUCCGUUGCAUCAAGUUUUUUAAUUGUUCGCGAAUCUACGAUAGCCAGAAGCUUUCACGCAAAAGAGCACCAUGCAGAUUUUCGUGAAGACAUUAACUGGAAAAACCAUAACUCUCGAAGUUGAAGCCUCUGAUACUAUCGAGAACGUCAAGGCGAAGAUUCAGGAUAAAGAGGGUAUUCCUCCUGAUCAGCAGCGCUUGAUUUUUGCUGGAAAACAACUUGAAGACGGACGUACCUUGUCCGAUUAUAAUAUUCAAAAGGAAUCUACUCUCCAUCUAGUUCUCAGAUUACGUGGUGGGAUGCAGAUCUUUGUCAAGACUCUCACCGGUAAAACCAUCACAUUAGAAGUUGAGGCAUCGGACACGAUUGAAAAUGUCAAAGCCAAAAUUCAAGACAAGGAGGGCAUCCCCCCGGAUCAGCAGAGAUUGAUCUUUGCUGGAAAACAACUCGAAGACGGCCGUACACUUUCUGAUUACAACAUUCAGAAAGAGUCUACUUUGCAUUUGGUUCUUCGUCUACGUGGUGGUAUGCAAAUAUUUGUCAAGACCUUGACGGGAAAGACUAUUACUUUGGAGGUAGAGGCUUCGGAUACGAUCGAGAACGUCAAAGCUAAGAUCCAAGACAAAGAAGGAAUUCCUCCUGAUCAACAGAGAUUGAUUUUCGCGGGCAAGCAGCUAGAGGAUGGACGCACACUAUCCGACUACAACAUUCAGAAGGAAUCCACUCUGCAUUUAGUUUUACGACUUCGUGGAGGUAUGCAGAUUUUCGUCAAGACUCUCACCGGUAAAACCAUCACAUUGGAAGUUGAAGCAUCGGACACGAUUGAGAAUGUCAAAGCCAAAAUUCAGGACAAGGAGGGCAUCCCCCCGGAUCAGCAGAGAUUGAUCUUUGCUGGAAAACAACUCGAAGACGGCCGUACACUUUCUGAUUACAACAUUCAGAAAGAGUCUACUUUGCAUUUAGUUUUACGACUUCGCGGAGGUAUGCAGAUUUUCGUCAAGACUCUCACUGGUAAAACCAUCACAUUGGAAGUUGAGGCAUCGGACACGAUCGAGAAUGUCAAAGCCAAAAUUCAGGACAAAGAGGGCAUUCCUCCGGAUCAGCAGAGAUUGAUCUUUGCUGGAAAACAACUCGAAGACGGCCGCACACUCUCCGACUACAACAUUCAGAAGGAAUCCACUCUGCAUUUAGUUUUACGACUUCGCGGAGGUAUGCAGAUUUUCGUCAAGACUCUCACCGGUAAAACCAUCACAUUGGAAGUUGAGGCAUCGGACACGAUCGAGAAUGUCAAAGCCAAAAUUCAGGACAAAGAGGGCAUUCCUCCGGAUCAGCAGAGAUUGAUCUUUGCUGGAAAACAACUCGAAGACGGCCGCACACUUUCCGACUACAACAUUCAAAAGGAAUCAACUUUACAUUUGGUUCUUCGACUACGUGGUGGUAUGCAGAUUUUCGUCAAGACUCUCACCGGUAAAACCAUCACAUUGGAAGUUGAGGCAUCAGACACAAUUGAAAAUGUCAAAGCCAAAAUUCAAGACAAGGAAGGCAUUCCUCCGGAUCAGCAGAGAUUGAUCUUUGCUGGAAAACAACUUGAAGACGGCCGUACACUUUCUGAUUACAACAUUCAGAAAGAGUCUACUUUGCAUUUGGUUCUUCGUCUACGUGGUGGUAUGCAAAUAUUUGUCAAGACCUUGACGGGAAAGACUAUUACUUUGGAGGUAGAGGCUUCGGAUACGAUCGAGAACGUCAAAGCUAAGAUCCAAGACAAAGAAGGAAUUCCUCCUGAUCAACAGAGAUUGAUUUUCGCGGGCAAGCAGCUAGAGGAUGGACGCACACUAUCCGACUACAACAUUCAGAAGGAAUCCACUCUGCAUUUAGUUUUACGACUUCGUGGAGGUAUGCAGAUUUUCGUCAAGACUCUCACCGGUAAAACCAUCACAUUGGAAGUUGAAGCAUCGGACACGAUUGAGAAUGUCAAAGCCAAAAUUCAGGACAAGGAGGGCAUCCCUCCGGAUCAGCAGAGAUUGAUCUUUGCUGGAAAACAACUCGAAGACGGCCGUACACUUUCUGAUUACAACAUUCAGAAAGAGUCUACUUUGCAUUUAGUUUUACGACUUCGCGGAGGUAUGCAGAUUUUCGUCAAGACUCUCACCGGUAAAACCAUCACAUUGGAAGUUGAGGCAUCGGACACGAUCGAGAAUGUCAAAGCCAAAAUUCAGGACAAAGAGGGCAUUCCUCCGGAUCAGCAGAGAUUGAUCUUUGCUGGAAAACAACUCGAAGACGGCCGCACACUUUCCGACUACAACAUUCAAAAGGAAUCAACUUUACAUUUGGUUCUUCGACUACGUGGUGGUAUGCAGAUUUUCGUCAAGACUCUCACCGGUAAAACCAUCACAUUGGAAGUUGAGGCAUCAGACACAAUUGAAAAUGUCAAAGCCAAAAUUCAAGACAAGGAAGGCAUUCCUCCGGAUCAGCAGAGAUUGAUCUUUGCUGGAAAACAACUUGAAGACGGUCGCACGCUCUCUGAUUACAAUAUUCAGAAAGAAUCAACUCUGCAUUUAGUUUUGAGGCUUCGUGGUGGUAUGCAGAUUUUCGUCAAGACCCUUACCGGUAAAACCAUCACAUUGGAAGUUGAGGCAUCAGAUACAAUUGAGAAUGUCAAGGCUAAGAUUCAAGACAAAGAGGGCAUCCCUCCUGAUCAGCAAAGAUUGAUUUUCGCGGGAAAGCAACUUGAGGACGGACGCACCUUGUCAGAUUAUAAUAUUCAGAAAGAAUCCACACUACAUCUGGUACUUCGUCUUAGAGGCGGAAAUGUCUAAUUCUAUAAUUGUGAUCUUUUUCUUCUAAGUACCUUGCGCUCAAUAUUUUAAUUUACUUCUAUUUAUAUAAUUCUGUUAUUAAAAUAAAGUUCUAUUCAAAGAAAUUUUUAAUUUUAUUUAUUCAGAUAUGUAAAUUUUGUGAGAAUUUUGACAAAUAAAAAAUUUAAUUUUGUUUGGAAA